AUGAGAUAUACGCAUAGAGGGCAACUGGGGGACAGUUCCGGUCCGUCUGUGGGGAUAGAAAGGUCCGUUAAGAGGAGGACUUCUAAAAACGUGGUGUUCCCAACACGCCUUCGAGCAAUUAAGCCAAAUCCAAAUUAUUUUUGGGAGAAUUUUAUGGUGGGUAAUUCUGCUGCUGUAAUCAGGAGGCAGCAAUUCUUGGUAAGGUGUUUGGGAGGAGGAAAUAAUAGUGUAAACAAGAAUCUUCACAACAGUUCUCUCAGAAUGCAAUCUAUCGGGACUGGUGCUGGUGGGCUCACUUUGGAGAGUGAUGUUAUCAACAUUUUGAGAUCAAUUACUCCUUCUUUAGGCCCUUCUCGGCAUAAAGGCCAAGCUGGGAAGAUAGCUGUCGUGGGUGGUUGCCGUGAAUACACAGGAGCUCCAUACUUUUCUGCUAUUUCAGCUUUAAAAAUUGGUGCAGAUUUAUCGCACGUGUUCUGUACAAAGGAUGCUGCUCCAGUUAUUAAAGGUUACAGCCCAGAGUUGAUCGUGCACCCUAUUCUGGAAGAAUCUUAUGGUGUUAGGGAUGAGUAUAAAAGAUCAACAUCAGACAAGGUGAUCGCUGAGGUUGAUAAGUGGAUGGGGAGAUUUGAUUGUUUAGUCGUCGGUCCUGGUCUGGGGAGAGACCCGUUUCUCCUGGACUGUGUCAGUGAGAUCAUGAAGCAUGCCAGGGAAUCCAAUGUCCCGAUUGUCGUAGAUGGGGAUGGGCUUUUUCUUGUUACAAAUUGCCUUGACUUGGUCAGAGAUUAUCACUUGGCUGUCCUGACUCCUAACAUUAAUGAGUAUAAGCGACUUGUUCAGAAAGUUUUAAAUUGUGAAGUAAAUGAUCAAGAAGGACCUCAGCAAUUACUUUCUCUUGCGAAAGGAUUAGGGGGUGUAACCAUUUUAAGGAAAGGAGAAUCUGAUUAUAUCAGCAAUGGUGAAGAAGUUAGUGCAGUGAACAUUUUUGGCUCUCCUCGGCGCUGUGGUGGCCAGGGUGAUAUACUCUCGGGAAGGCAAUUGAUCUUCUUCUUCUGCGUUUAUCCAAAUCCAAGUUCUUUUUGGGAGAACUUUAUGGUGGGUAAUUCUGCUGCUGUAAUCAGGAGGCAGCAAUUCUUGGUAAGGUGUUUGGGAGGAGGAAAUAGUAGUGUAAACAAGAAUCUUCACAACAGUUCUCUCAGAAUGCAAUCUAUUGUGACUGGUGCUGGUGGGCUCACUUUGGAGAGUGACGUGAUCAACAUUUUGAGAUCAAUUACUCCUUCUUUAGGCCCGUCUAGGCAUAAAGGCCAAGCUGGGAAGAUAGCUGUUGUGGGUGGUUGCCGUGAAUACACAGGAGCUCCAUACUUUUCUGCUAUUUCAGCUUUGAAAAUUGGCGCCGAUUUAUCGCAUGUAUUCUGUACAAAAGAUGCUGCUCCAGUUAUUAAAGGUUACAGCCCAGAGUUGAUCGUGCACCCUAUACUGGAAGAAUCUUAUAGUGUUAGGGAUGAGUAUAAAAGAUCAACAUCAGACAAGGUGAUCGCUGAGGUUGAUAAGUGGAUGGGGAGAUUUGAUUGUUUAGUCGUCGGUCCAGGUCUGGGGAGAGACCCGUUUCUCCUGGACUGUGUCAGUGAGAUCAUGAAGCAUGCCAGGGAAUCCAAUGUCCCGAUUGUCGUAGAUGGGGAUGGGCUUUUUCUUGUUACAAAUUGCCUUGACUUGGUCAGAGAUUAUCACUUGGCUGUCCUGACUCCUAACAUUAAUGAGUAUAAGCGACUCGUUCAGAAAGUUUUAAAUUGUGAAGUAAAUGAUCAAGAUGGACCUCAGCAAUUACUUUCUCUUGCGAAAGGAUUAGGGGGUGUAACCAUUUUAAGGAAAGGAGAAUCUGAUUAUAUCAGCAAUGGUGAAGAAGGUACCUUUUACUAG